CCGCCACCGCCAGUAGUCUCUUUUGGGGCGUGUCGCAGCCUCAGGUGGCGGACGGUUUAUCCAGUGUCCACAUCACCUGUGACACAGCAGGAGCUCCUGCUAACACAGACCUCCGUGUUCAGCGCUGCUCUCGCCGGGCCAGAGGACCACUUUCUCGGGGUUGAAGUAGCUCCUCCACUCGGCAUCUCCUCACCGGCGGCGGGAAGACAAGUGACGACGAUGGCGUCCAACGAGUUGCGGCUCCAACAACCACCGCCCCCGAAGGAUGCGGCGGACCAGAACUUUGACUACAUGUUCAAGCUGCUGAUCAUCGGCAACAGCAGCGUGGGCAAGACCUCCUUCUUGUUCCGCUACGCCGACGACUCCUUCACCUCAGCCUUCAUCAGCACCGUGGGCAUCGACUUCAAAGUCAAGACCGUCUUCCGCAACGACAAACGGAUCAAACUGCAGAUCUGGGACACGGCGGGACAAGAGCGCUAUCGGACCAUCACCACCGCGUACUACAGAGGCGCCAUGGGCUUCCUGCUCAUGUACGACAUCACCAACCAGGAGUCCUUCAACGCCGUCCAAGACUGGGCCACGCAGAUCAAACAAUACUCGUGGGACAACGCCCAGGUGAUCCUGAUCGGUAACAAGUGUGACAUGGAAGAUGACCGGCUGAUACCCACAGAGGACGGCCAGCGUAUUGCCGAGGACCUUGGUUUCCAGUUCUUCGAGGCCAGCGCGAAGGACAACAUCAACGUCAAGCAGGUGUUCGAGUGCCUCGUGGACGUGAUCUGUGACAAGAUGAACGAGAGCAUGGAGGCGGACUUGAACAUAGCGCCCAACCACAGGAACCAAGGCCUGAAAGACUCGCCUCCUUCCAAUAACAAGAGCAACUGUGCUUGCUAAACCACACUCACACACACACACACACACACACACACACACACACACACACACACACACACACACACACACACACACACACACACACACACACACACACACACACACACACACACGCACACACUAAUACUGGUAAUCAACUUUUCUGUGCCUGGACUGUGGGACUUGCUGCUCCUCUUCAUCUCUGUUCACUGCAGCCCCGCCCAGCACAAAAGGCAGAAGGCUGAGAUAGUCAUCAUCACUGUUAGAGACCCCACACCCCUGCGACGUAAAAGGCCCCUCUCAUUCUUUUCUCCCGAGGACUCAACCCUCACACUCCGCUUCGUCCACAACCACUAUCAAGUACGUGCUGAAAACACGCAUGAACGAUGUCAUCACAUCCAACACAUCUCAGGCAAUAUUAUAAACUCUGCCAUUGCUCUAUGAGACAAUACUGUUCCAUUUUAACUGUUAAUGUCCGACAGCUAUUGGCUUAUGUAUACUGUUUUUUCCAUUUGUGCACUGCAUUAUGACAGCGGUGUCAAAUAUUUAAUAUACUAUUUAACCUGAGCUGAACCAUACCAUACCAAUCACACAUUUUAAGUGAAAAAACGUGAAAACAAAAUGGCAAAACACUGUAAAAACUCAAAUGUUAUGUUUCGUUAUAGUAAUAAAAAAUACUCUGUGAUUGUA